GUGUGUGUGUGUUUAGAAACUAAAAGCUAUGUCCCUACAGGUAUCUUCACUGCCACGGUCAAAGGAAUGUACUACUUCCGUUUCUCAAUGAUGAACAACCUGAACACCCCUCCUAAUUCUGUGGUGUGUUUGACCAAGAAUGGCCAGAGGCUGGUGUCUGUCUGGGACACUACAGGAUCUGAUGCCAACGACAGUGGCAGCAAUGCAGUGGUCAUUCCUCUGGAGGUGGGAGAUAACGUCUAUGUUGAGUUACAGGCUAACAGGCUGGUUUAUGAUGACAGCAUGAACUACAACACCUUCAGCGGCUUCCUGCUCUUCACCAUGUAAACAUGGAACACAUUUCAACAGCUAAAUGGUUGAAAUUACAUUAUUUUCUUUAGUAGACAUAAAAUAGUAAUCUGUGCUUCAUAGCACACUGUGGGGUUAUAAUGCAGUGCAAUAAUGUAUAAGAGUAGGUUGUCAUCAGCUGGACAUGUAACUGUAUAAAUAAAUACAAAAUACAUCCUAGAUGUAACUGAACAGUUUUGUAUGGUAAUGCUUCACUGAAGUGAAAAAAUGUAAUAACUUUUACUAUAUGUACAUGAACUUACAUCUGUCAAUAAACUUUUAACCAUUCUUGAAAAAAACAUUCCUUUACUACUCAGAUAUAUGCAGAGUAGUCCUACUCCUAAGUGCCAUAACUCAAGUCUGAAUUCCCCGUAAGUGAACUAGCUAUUAUAUUGAUCAUGGUGAGGUACAUUUGAAAGGAAGAUGCAUGCAUUUCAAAAUGUAUUUUCCAAGAUACUGACAAAGUAAACUCCAUUUAGAAAGACCCCGUCAGACACAUUUAAUGUGUAUGUAAAUAAGUGACACAUAUAAAUCAAAUAAUGUCCUGUAAUCAUAUGAGUUUCAAUUGACCAGUGGUGGAAAAAGUACUCGAUUGUCAUACUUGAGUAAAAGUAAAGAUACCUUAAUAGAAAAUGACUCAAGUAAAAGAGAAAGUAACCCAGUAAAAUACCACUUGAGUAAAAGUCUAAAGUAUUUGGUUAGAAAUAUACUUAAGUAUCAAAAGUAAAAGUCAUAAAUAAUUUCAAAUUCCUUAUAUUAAGCAAACCAGACGGCACUAUUUAAAAAAUAUAUAUUUAAUUUACGGAUAGCCAGGGUCACACUCCAACACUCAGACAUAAUUUACAAAACAAACAUUUGUGUUUAGUGAGUCUGCCAGAUCAGAGGCCAUAGGGAUGACUAGGGAUUUUCUCUUGAUAAGUCAACGAAUUCGACCAUCUUCCUGUCAAAAUGUAACAAGUACUUUUGAGUGUCAGGGAAAAUGUAUGGAGUAAAAAGUACAUUAUUUUCUUUAGGAAUGUAGUGAAGUAAAAGUAAAAGUAGUAAAAAAUUGAAAUAGUUAAGUACAGAUACCCCCAAAAAAACUACUUUAGUACAUUCAAGGAUUUUUACUUAAGUACUUUACACCACUGCAAUUGACAGGGUCUUCAUUUAAUUCACACAUUCAACAUAAAAGUUAGUUGUGGACAGGGGUUUUAGAUCUGAAUUAAGUGUUUCCCAUGCAUCAUUAUGGAAGAACAGUAAUUCAGGGAAGGGCAGAGGUCAUGGGGGAACAUAAAGCAUAGAGGUCUGCAUGGUUUAUGAUUGUUAUAAGCUAAACACAUUUACAUUUUGUAAGUGACCUUUAAUAAAUGCCCUGCUGUCUUUAAGCUUCUGUUUUUAACUUCAUUGCCUCUCUUUACUCUAUUUCUUUUUUCAAAGCAGGUCCAUGAAUUUGUUGUUUUGCGCAAGUCUGUAUUUUCCCUCUCUGUUAACCACCCAAAACUUUCCAGCAUCUUGUGCAAUAUUUGACAAGUGCACAAUAUAAAGAGGAAGACUGGGCUGAGAAUCAAUACAGAAUGAUGCUGCAGGAAAGGUUUCAGAAGGCUUUGAGAAUGAAGGGUUUUGCAGUCUUUUUGAUGGCACUAUGCUGCUGUCUGUCUGGGACACAAGGAGACCAUGAGGACCAGAAAGCAUGCUGCUCAUCUGACACUGGUUCUCUGAUGAAAGAACCGAUCUCUAUAGGAGAGAAACUAGGAGCCAUUGGGGAGAAACUGGGAACUAUGGGGGAUAACCUGAGACUCAUGGAGACCCGGUUACAAACCAGUGAGAAUGAAGUGGAGGAGCUGAAGAGACUAACUGGAGGUCGGCCUCAGGUGGCCUUCUCCGCAACUCUCAGGCAGACAGGCGAUGUCCCUGGGAACACAGGACCUUUCACCACUCCCAUUCCCCUGCAGUACAAGAAGGUCUUCUCAAACACCGGCAGCUCCUACAACCCUGCCACAGGUAUCUUCACUGCCACGGUCAAAGGAAUGUACUACUUCCAUUUCACGAUGAUGAACAACUUGAACAUCCCUCCCAGUUCUGUGGUGUGUUUGACCAAGAAUGGCCAGAGGCUGGUGUCUGUCUGGGACACUGUAGGAACCGAUGCCAACGACAGUGGCAGCAACGCAGUGGUCAUUUCUCUGGAGGUGGGAGAUAAUGUCUAUGUGGAGUUACAGGCUAACAGGCUGGUCCAUGAUGACAUCAUGAACUACAACACCUUCAGUGGCUUCCUGCUCUUCCCCAUGUAAACAUUGAACACAUUUCAACAGCUAAAAUGGUUGAAAUUACUUAAUUUUUUUAUACAAGGGUUGUAUUCAAUCGUAUCGCAGAAGUUCCGCGUUGUCUUUAAAUGUCAGUGGCAACUGCAUUUACUGCAAACCAGCUCGAUUGGAAAUUACGUUUAAAUUUCAAGCACGCGCAACGCAGAUUUUCAGCGAUAUGGAUUGAAUCCUGCCCUUAAAUUAGUAGACAUAAAAUAAUAAUCUGUAGCAUGCUGUGAAAUGAGAUGCUUUCGGUCUUUUAUUGUCACACUUUCCACAAGGCUGCUGUUCCACCACAAGACAAACUAUUUUUCAAAAGAAUGUGUGUCAUCUGGUGGACAUAACUGUAAAAAUUAAAAGCCAUUGGUCUUAGAGGCAACUAUAAAAUGUUUGUACAGUAACGGUUCACUGAGAAAAAUUAAAAAUCAUUCCAAAUUCA